CUCCCCAGUGCAGACAAGGCGGAGCGGACGUGGUCUGAUGAGUGAUUGAUUUUUGCAACCUUCUCCGACGACUUGUUGCUCUAGGCGUCUCUUUGCCCCCCUCCGACUCCCUCUUGCCAACUUGUGCGGGCAACUAUCGGCAUUUCACGAACAACACUUCCGCUAUUCUACUACCCCAGAAAAUACGAACGCACCUGUUUGUUUUCCAGAAGUCGAUACGUGCAAACGGGUCAUUGGGUCUAAUCUUCACGGCUUUGUUUGCUCGUAAUGGGUCAAAACUCAGAUGUCACCCAGAUUGUGGUGGUUAUGGUUGGCUUGCCGGCCCGGGGAAAGAGCCUCAUAGCGGGUAAAGUCAAGCGUUAUCUACGGUGGACGUCCGUGAAAGCGGAGGUGUUCAACGUUGGCAAAUAUCGCCGGACGGACAAUCCACAUCCAGACGCCAAGUUUUUCGACGUCAACAACCCGGAAGGCGAGAAGGCGAGAAAAGCUGCGGCCGAAGCUGCAGUCGCCGACAUGCUCAAAUGGUUCCAGGACAAGGAUAACAAGGUCGCAAUUCUCGACGCCACUAACUCGACAAAAUCUCGACGGAAAUGGAUCCACGAUAAAAUCAUGGAGGCGAAUCUCCUUCACCUCUUCGUGGAAAGCAAGUGUGAUGAUGAAGAAUUGAUCAUGUCCAACAUACUUGAAGUCAAGACUUCCUCGCCAGAUUACAUCGGUCAGGAUCCUGAAGCCGCGGCCAAAGACUUCCGAGAUCGCAUUCGAAAUUACGAAAAGGUGUAUCAGACUAUUGACGAAUCAGAGAAGCAACUGACCUAUGUCAAGAUCAUUAACAUUGGUGCUCGUGUGGUUAUCAACCUCAUCCAAGACUACCUCCAGUCACGCCUAGUCUACUAUCUUACCAAUCUACAUAUCAAGCCUCGCAGUAUCUGGCUUUCUCGGCACGGUGAGUCCGAAUUCAAUCUCGAAGGCAAGAUUGGUGGAGAUGCCAACUUGUCCGAGCGUGGCGAGCGCUACGCCAAACUUCUGCCUGAACUUGUCAAACGUUCAGGGUUACCAAAAGAUGCACCACUUACGAUCUGGACGUCGACGUUAAAACGAACCAGUCAGACAGCUCAACAUCUCCAAAAGGAAUUGGGCUGGGAGAAGUUGCAAUGGAAAGCUCUCGAUGAACUCGAUAGCGGUGUUUGUGAUGGGAUGACUUAUCAAGAAAUUGCGGAAAAGUACCCCGAAGACUUCCAAGCUCGCGAUGAUGACAAGUACAACUAUCGGUAUCGUGGUGGUGAGUCCUACCGCGAUGUCGUGAUCCGGUUAGAGCCUAUCAUCAUGGAACUCGAGCGCAGCGAAAACAUCAUUAUCAUCACACACCAGGCAAUCGUGCGGUGCAUAUUUGCCUACUUCAUGGAAAUACCACAAGAAAAGUCGCCGUGGAUGGAGGUGCCGCUCCACACACUAAUGAAACUGACACCCAAAGCAUACGGAACGGAAGUUGAGCGAUUCAAGGCCGAUAUCCCUGCGGUCAGCACCUGGAGGCCCAAGGGCAGUACGGCGAAACAUCACGAUAGCAUCAGUGAAGGGAUGCCAGAGAGCGUGGUCGGUGAACCGUCGAAAGUGGGAAUUCAGAAGGCGACCAAUGUCAAUGAGAAAGCGAUGGGAGAAGUGCCGACAAUUGAGAUGGUUGGACUGCCUUUGCCAUAGGAGAGUCGGGAGAGAGAUGGAACGAAUUCUGAACGAAAUGAGUUUUUCAUGAUGAAACUACGACUAUAGGGGGAGGCGUCGCACUGACAUAAACGGGAUUUGAGCAAUUAGGUUUGGUCUGCUGUAGGGCAAAGGAUACCUUGAAUGUGAGAAAUCAGAAAGGCGCCGGUAUCGUGGGUUGGGUCAAGUGAACAACACAUGGACACUGGUGUCCUGCUUUCAAUGGCGAAGAGAAGAGCCUUGGGCAUUUUCAACUCACGUUUGCUUGCUGUGUUUACAUUGCAUUCGACAUAACAAAGUUUAGGUUGUACAGUUACAUUCGCAAGAUGGGCACGAAAACGAAGACUCCGGAAGGAAAGAAAAAGGAGGAGCAGGACAAGUAAUGUGCAGUCAGAAUACAAUCUCUA